AUGCACAGUUGCAAUCUUCUUUCUUUUCUGUUUAUAAUUGGCUCCAUUUUCAUGCAGUCCGAAGAACAGCAUAAGGAGGUUAUCGGUAGGGUGUUGGGACUUUUCUCUGAGUUGACUGCAAUGCAAGAUUUCUCUGAGACAUAUAUGCAGGACUUCUACAAGGACCAGAACAAUAGCUGGAUACCCGAGUUUAACGACAACAUGUUCCAUGAAAUAUAUAGCUAUAUCUUAGAUAAAAUGAAUAUGAUGCAAGAAAUCCAGCAACUACUUACCAACCCCUUAAAGAAUAUCGUCGCAGAGAGCGUCGUUGAGCCCUUUGUCCCUCCUAUUUUUGAGAAUCAUCGGUCUUUGACCAGCAACAAGCAUCGCACCUAUGCCUACUCCUACCCUACCAGUGUUGAUAUCUCCCGGAGCUGUAUACUGUACCCUCCCCCUACUCUCUGGAAAGGACAGUCUUUGUACCUAAAUAUCAUGCGUCCCUUCAAGCAGCUGAUCUCCAACGACAUAUCUUCCUUUCUAAGUGUGGGGGAGCAGGCCUUCAUCAUCGGGGCAGAAGGCGACGUGCGUAUUUACCCCUGCCAAUCACACACAUAUAGAAAUGAUGGUCGUUAUACAACGCUAUUUAGAAGCAUCUACACCCUGAACACCUCCAAGUAUUUAGAUGUGCUGAUAGAUUCUAGCAUCUUAGCCGGUAAAAGGCGGCGCCUUGUCAGCCGUCUCAUAGCUGCCACUAUUAUUAAUAGUUUCCGCGAAGGUACGAAGAUACGAAUCUUUACUAUCAGUGAUAAACUCACUAAGAUUUACGAGGGGUCGAAUACACUAUUAAAUAUUUCGCUACUCUGUGACUACGACCAUGUCGACGGAUACUAUGUAAAGCACUCCAUCCUACUAGCGUAUCUGUCGGAGCUCACAUCUCAAACAGAGUUAGUGACAGUAAUCAUCUCUGGCGUCUAUAGCCGCUCCCGUAGAUUUCUUAGGUUUACUGUCCCUCCAAACUUGGACAUCUGUCUCAUUCAGACCCAAUCUAAUUUAGAAAUAGACUGGCUUUACAAUGCAGAGACCAUGCAAUUUCUUGCCAGGUACAACUUUUCUACUAACGGCUAUAGCGCGCCCUCAAAUAUCUCUCAAGAAAUAGCUCUAACCUGUAAGUUUUUGCUUGAUCUUUCUAAAGGCCAAGGUUACACUUAUAGCGACAGAAUUAAUGAAGAACUUAAACGCAUCUCUUAUCAAUCAACAGAGUGGUUGAAGGUGUUCUACAACCAGACUUCCUUCACCGUGCUCAACUUCACACGCAUUACGCACGAGUGCAUCACCUCCAACAAGUGCGAGUAUCGAACAGCCCUAGAACCUGUCCUCGCACGCUACCGUGCUACCCACACUGUACUGACGCCGCCUACAUCAAUUUCUAGUGCCCAUAAUUAUCAAUUUAUGCCGUUCAUUGUCACCCCGCUAAUGUUCGGCGGAGACUUUAUUGGCAUUGUAGCGUGUUCUCUCAAUAUGGAUGCUCUCAUCUCUCUCUCUAAGCUGAGUCUGUUUUAUUACCUCUAUGGCUCCAUCAAUCUCAUCAACUUUGCUUCCCAAUCUAUCAUUUACACCAGUGACUACGGUGAUUGGGGCCUGCUAAGAAACUACACAGAUAUCUACAGCUCCAAAACGCUCAUCAAUCCUAAGUUUUCCAAGACAAGUCAGGUGUCCCAGCUAUUCAGCGUCUUCUUGCAAGCUCAGCAAUAUGCAUCGGUGGAUCUCAAAUUAGAAUCGGCAUUUGUCUCAGGCAUAAGUCUAGACUCGUUCCUCUCUAGUCCUGCAGAGAAAUCAACAGCGUCUAGGUGCUACUCUAGUGUUCUUUAUGAUUCAGAUUUGUAUACAGAUCCCAAGAUCAUUUACGAUCGAUCAUCCAAAUUAGUAGUUGAGGACCAAGGCAGGUACGAGUCUAUCGAGCAGAAGAGUUCUGUAAGCAGUUACAAUUAUGUCUACUUUGUUUGUCACCUCUUCAGUCCACUCUCGCAUAAUAUAGAUAGCACCAUUUCCUUAUUCUUCAUUACAUCCACCGUUAACUUUCUGCCCAAUACUUUGAAAAGAAAUGUGCAAGUCCAGGAUCUAAAUAUAUCUACUAUGAAUGAUCUCCUGAAGAAGAUUGCGUUGAGUUCGGAGCAGGAACAGAAGUUCACAAACGGCUUAUCAUUUGAGCUAUCUACCGACUUGAUUGAAGUGUUUAUUAACGGAACCCCGCUCUAUGCGCAUAACUUCCUUGCAACAUAUAGGAAUACUUCCAGAAUAAUCAGCGCCUUAAAGAAUAUCAUCCUAAAGCCAGACGUUACAACGCAAAUUCUUACAGAAGGCAUUGAGCUUAGCGUUAAAGAGUAUGUCUAUAGCUACAUGCGGUUAACGCUCCUGUACCUCAAAAGCAUCUUUUCUCAGUAUGUCAGCAGCAAUGCCUUCCAAACAACUUAUAGCAACAUACCAGAGAAGAUAUGCUCAUCAUACUUUUGGUUUGGCAGACUUUGCGUCUCCUUGGGUACGGAUUCAAGCGCAUUUGUCCGCACGCCUUUGAUGAUCUCUAAGUUACAGAAGGCCGCGAUAACAAAGGGCCCCAUAAGCUUCUACACAGGCAACCCAGCUCUCUACUCUGUAGAGACAUGUUUCAUCACAGUGUAUCCAGAUGCGUCCAUUGAACGGGGUAUCACUAUCGGGCGAGGUCCUUACUUUGAUUUCGGUAAGAUUAAAUACACACCUACCUUACUCUCGUAUCUGAACAGGACUAUCAGGACCGCAAUACAGGCAAACGGUGGCCAAUCAAGAUGCGUUUUUGAUUGUGUUGCUGAAAAGGAACUCCAGAGCUUUAAUCCGGCAGACUUUAACGCAGACAGCAUGGUGCUAAACGCGUGUGUUGGAAGUGACCUCAUCUUGAGACUGGACAAGUAUGGUACCAUUGGUUCUCCGGGGUUUGCUUAUGAAACAGUGUACUUAACAGAUCAGAAUACCGUGUACGAUUCAUUUAUAAUAUAUUUAAAACAUUCUCACCCAUUCACAGGCCACUUGCACAUAAUGAGCACCUUGCAUAUUAACUCUCUUAAGUUUUAUAAUACAAUGAACAAAGGUCUUGCAGCAGAGAAUCAAUGCAACUAUCCUAAUUGUAGUAUUGUUCUUUUGAAUGAUAACUUAUACGCAGUGUACAAUAAAGAAAUAACUAGUGUACCUAAGUCAAAAUUGUAUAGCCACACACGCAGUGCAGAGGUUGCAAACGUAUUCUGUAGGAACGGUGUAUAUGACUUGUCGUUUAACGGAGUUGCAUUCAACAGUGGAGUGGGGUAUAUAACACCAUUACUAUGCUCUGGCAACAUCUGUGUGCAGUACGCCAUGACCCCCGACAUACUGACCUAUGCUAUCAAUCUGUCAGUUCUCGGAUUGAACAAGAUUGAUCGCGUCUUGGGAAUAAGCAAGACGGGCCUUUACUUAUACUAUUCCAGUAACGACAAGACAUCAGUUAUUAAGCGCUACGGUCAAACGCUGUGCCUGAAGUCCUACACAGUCCUUGAGGAUACUCUUGCAUCACUCCUAUCCAGUGCCCACGAGUUUAAGUACAGUAAUAAAAACAUCACCAUCACAGGGUACAGAAUAAGCGACACAAUCUCUGGCAGCAUGGAGCACAUCCCAUACUCUCUCUACAUUUCAUACUCGUCCGUUAAAAGUAUCGCAUUUACUGCCAUUAUGACACUGAUUGGGCUCAUACUUGCACUGCUAAGCACUCAAACGAUGAUGAGAAUAUCUGUAGACGGCAUUCGUCUACACAUGUACUUAAAUAGCCUUAUAGAGCAAUAG